AUGACCGUUCAAGCUCAGGCCUCUGGGGUGCUGCUGCCACUGCUACUACUCACCUGGCCAGCCACAGGUGCAGACCCUGUACUCUGCUUCACCCAAUAUGAGGAAUCCUCAGGCAAGUGCAAGGACCUUCUGGGCGGAGGAGUCAGUGCAGACGACUGCUGUCUCAACUCUGCCUAUGCUUUCCAGGAGCCGGGCAGUGGGAUCUGUCAGAUAUGCAGGUUCGCACGAUGGUCAUCUUGGUCCAUGUGGGGCCCCUGUUCGAUGACAUGCUCCGAGGGUUCCCAGCUGCGGUACCGACGCUGCAUAGGUCGGGGCAGGCAGUGUUUGGGGAAGGUGGAGCCUGGGGCACUUGAAUGGCAACUGCAGGCUUGUGAGAACCAGCCAUGCUGUCCUGAAAUGGGUGGCUGGUCUAACUGGGGGCCCUGGGGGCCCUGCUCUGUCACCUGCUCCAAAGGGACCCGGACCCGCCAGCGAGCCUGUGACAACCCUGCCCCCAAGUGUGGGGGCAACUGUCCAGGAGAAGCACAUGAAUCAGAGGUCUGCGACACCCAGCUCGCCUGCCCCAUACAUGGGGCCUGGGGCUCCUGGGGCCCCUGGGGUCCCUGCUCAGGCUCCUGCCAUGGUGGACCUCAUGCGCCAAUGGAGAGACGAAGUCGUACCUGUUCCUCACCUAAGCCCUCCACGAAGCCUCCUGGGAAGUUCUGCCCAGGGUCAGAAUAUGAGCAACGAGGCUGUAGCUCCCUGCCACCCUGUCCAGUGGCUGGGGGCUGGGGGCCAUGGGGCUCUGUCAGCCCCUGCCCUGUGUCCUGCGGCCUGGGCAGGACCAUGGAAAGGCGGACAUGUGACCACCCCCUGCCCCAGCAUGGAGGUUCCUUCUGUGUUGGUGACUCCACCCGGACUCACGUCUGCAACAUGGUUGUGCCCUGCCCUGUGAAUGGAGAAUGGGAUCCCUGGGGAGAGUGGAGCACUUGCUCCCGCCGGAACCUGAAAAGUAUCAGCUGCGAGCAAAUCCCAGGGCAACAGACACGCUCGAGGGACUGCAAGGGCCGGAAGUUCGAUGGACAGCGAUGUGCCGGGAACCAACAGGACAUCCGGCACUGCUACAAUGUCCAUCACUGCAGCUGGAAAGGCACUUGGUCAGAGUGGAAUACCUGGAGCCUUUGCACCCCUCCUUGCGGACCCAAUCCUACCCGUGUCCGCCAGCGCCUCUGCACAUCUCCAUACCCCAAGUUCGCGCCCACCAUUUCCACCGUGGAAGGUCAGGAAGAGAAGAACGUGACCUUCUGGGGACAGAUGCGGCCAAAGUGCGAGGAGCUACAGGGGGAGAAGUUGGUGGUGGAGGAGAAGCGGCCAUGUCUACACCCACCUGCCUGCACAGACCCGGAGAACAGAAACCCCUAA